AACAUUCUCGUAGUCAGUGUGUGUUUAACAGUGGAACUUUACCAAUCCUGCUUAGAAAUCGGCUUCUCAAAAAUGAAAUGUUUUAUUGAAUAUCUGCAAUUUUGCGAUUUCCCGAUUGAAAAUUUACCCUACGGUGUAUUUUCUACAUCUGAUGAUAAUUGUCAUAGAAUUGGAGUUGCAAUUGGCGAUAAAGUACUUGAUUUAAAGAAAAUAUCUCAUUUGUUUGAUGGGCCAGAAUUAAAGAAUCACCAAAAUGUUUUCCAAGAGACCACCUUGAAUGGUUUUAUGGCUUUACAACCGAAUGCUUGGAAAGAAGCAAGAGAAAAACUUCAAAAUUUAUUAAACAUUGAUAAUAAAACGUUACAAAAUCCGGAGAUAUUUUCAAAAAUUUUUUAUCUCCAAAAAGAUGUCACCAUGCAUCUUCCAGCCAAAAUUGGCGAUUACACCGAUUUUUACUCCUCAAUUCAUCAUGCAACCAACGUUGGAGUUAUGUUUAGAGGAAAAGAUAAUGCUUUAAUGCCAAAUUGGAAAUAUCUUCCAGUUGGUUACCAUGGAAGAGCCAGUUCUGUGGUAGUUUCUGGUACUCCAAUUAGAAGACCACUUGGACAAACUUUAGUUGCUGAUGGCGCCCCACCUGUAUUUGGACCAUGCAAACUUAUGGAUUUUGAGUUAGAAAUGGCAUUUUUUGUGGGGGGAUCCCCAACAAAACUCGGAGAAAGGAUCGAUAUAAAUAAAGCUCAAGAUCAUAUUUUUGGAUUUGCUUUAAUGAAUGAUUGGAGUGCUCGUGAUAUUCAAAAAUGGGAAUAUGUCCCAUUAGGUCCAUUUACAGCAAAAAAUUUAGGAACAACAAUAUCACCAUGGGUUGUUAGUACGUUUGCUUUGGAACCGUUCAAAAUUGAAAAUUUCCCUCAAGAUCCCGAACCAUUUCCUUAUUUAGCUCAUAAAGAUCCUUUCAAUUUUGAUAUAAAAUUAGAAGUUGAUUUAAAACCUCAAAAUUCACCAAUUUCAACAACUAUUUGUAGAUCUAAUUAUAAAUUUUUAUAUUGGACCGCCAAACAACAAUUGGUUCAUCAUACUGUUACUGGUUGUAACAUGAAUCCAGGUGAUUUAUUAGCUAGUGGAACAAUAAGUGGUGAUACAUCAGACUCAUUUGGGUCACUUCUUGAAUUAUCUUGGAAAGGAACGAAAACUUUGACAUUAAAGGAUGGGAGUCAAAGAAAAUUUUUGCAAGAUGGCGAUAAUGUUAUCAUGAGAGCAGUUUGUGAAGGAACAUCAUUUAACGUUGGGUUUGGAAUUUGCGAAGGUGUUCUUCUUCCAGCACAUUAAAAAAAUUUCAUAUAAUUGUCUCCAAACGUUCAUUUCAUGUUAAUUUUGCUAAAAAAGUAUUCAAAAAAUAA